AUGUCGUUGACGAGGACCAGCCUACUGGCUAGCCGGACGACCAGAAGUCUGCUCAGUCGGCGCAUACCUCACCAUGGCACAUUCAAACAACUCCAGCGACGAUGUAUAUCCCUUCAGGCCUUGGAUGCAAACCAAAACGGUAGAGAGCGAGUCGUCGUUGUCGGAUCUGGAUGGGCUGGCUACUCCCUCGCACGAGACCUCGACCACAGCAAGUACCAAAUCGUUGUCGUUUCUCCGAGAUCUUAUUUCGUCUUCACUCCACUUCUGGCAAGCACAUCCGUCGGUACACUCGAAUUCCGGACUGCCUUGGAACCAAUUCGAUCACGAAGAACGAAGGUCGAGUUCUUCCAGGCGUGGGCAGACCGUGUGGAUUUCCACAGCAAGACUCUAACCAUCGAGGAAGCUGUCGAAGACCCAUGGCAAGGUCGCUCGCUGGUCUCUGACAGACAUGCGGACGCAUCACCAAAUCAACGGGCCCAGGAGAAGCAGCUCGAAGUCAAGAAGGGUGAGCUCUUCGACGUCAAAUGGGACAAGCUCAUCAUUGCUUUGGGUUGCUACAACCAGACAUUCGGCACUCAAGGCGUGAAAGAGAAUGCCUUCUUCCUCAAGGACGUGGGCGACGCACGACGGAUCCGCAACCGCCUCCUGUCAUGCUUCGAAACAGCUGCCUUACCGACUACAUCCGAAGCAAUGAGGAAGCAGCUUCUCAACUUCGCCGUCGUAGGCGGCGGACCCACCGGCAUCGAGUUCUCAGCAGAAAUGCACGACCUCAUCGGCGAAGACAUGAAACGCAUCUACCCCGACCUCGUCAAGUACGCCAAGAUCACCGUCUACGAUGUAGCUCCCACUGUACUCUCAAUGUUCGACGAAAAGCUCUCGAAGUUCGCCAUGAACCACUUCAAACGCGAAGGCAUCGAUAUCAAAACCAGCCACCACGUCGAAGAACUACGCAAAGGCUCACCAGUCGCUGUGCAGCAGGAAUCCAACAUCAGCGAAGCUGACGAUAGCUGCUACACCAUCAAGCUCAAAGAAGAAGGCGAGAUCGGCAUCGGCAUGUGCGUCUGGAGCACCGGACUCAUGGUCAACCCGUUCGUGCAGAAAGCGCUCGAUGGCAAAGUCAAGCGUGACGAGAAGACAGGCGGGAUCAUGACCAACGAGCGUCUGCAGGUGAAAGACAGCGAGGACAAGGGGCUCGUACCCAACGUCUACGCCCUCGGCGACUGUGCGGUGCUCGAAGGCACGGCAUAUCCUGCCACGGCGCAGGUGGCGUCGCAGAAGGCGAAUUGGCUGGCUAAGCGGUUCAACAAGGGCGAUAUUGAGCGGAGCAAGUUCACUUACAAAGAUCUGGGUGUGAUGGCUUAUGUCGGGAACUCGAACGCCAUCCUGCAGUCUUCCGGAACAGACAUCUCGGGGCGAGUGGCGUGGUUUCUCUGGCGCAGUGCGUACUUGGCCAAGUCGGUCAGCUGGCGGAAUCGGAUACUCAUACCGGUGUAUUGGGCUGUGAACUGGCUGUUCGGGCGAGACGUUUCGCGGUUCUGA